AGCAACAACAACAACAACAACAAUGAACAAAAUAGCAGUGGGAGACAAAGUACAAAUCAACUCACUCUUGGGUACAGUAAGAUAUAUUGGAGCAACAGACUUUAAGGCCGGUACCUGGGCUGGGAUUGAAUUGGACACUGUUGGAUUAGGAAAAAAUGAUGGAUCUGUUGAUGGCAAGCGCUACUUUCUUUGUCCUCCCAAAACAGGAUUAUUUGUACAAGUUGGAAAAUUAACAAAAGUUAACAAUCAUCAAAAACAACACAGACCUUCAACACCUCAUGUACCAGCCAAAGUUGCAUAUAAGAAACAUAAUAUACCACUUCCACCACCUAAACGAAUGAUGUCUAUCGAGAAUAACCAAGAAAUGAUGCAGCUUCAACAAAGGAUCGACUCACUGGAAGCAGAGAAUCAAUACCUGAGGCUUCAUCAGGAAAGCCGAGUGCCAUCUCUUCAAAAGAAAAUGAUAGAACUUGAGACACUGCUCACAGGAAAAGACCAAGAAAUUCAGGAAAAGGAUGGAAAGAUUCAUAAAUUAGAACAAAUAGUUGCCGAGGUUAAAAGGGCCGGAAUUGACAGUUUAGAAAUGCUAGAAUCAGUUGUACAAAAUUACCAAAACCAAGUUGCAGCACUAGAAGAGGCACUUUCAUUAGAAAAGAACAAAACAAGGCAACUUUUGCAGGAUCAGGAAGAGCUUCGAAAGGCUGGCCUUGAAGCGAUUGAAUCAAAUGAGUCGACACUCAGGGAGUUUGAAAAGGCAAAACAGCUCUGGCAGUUAGAAAAGAUCAAGCUACAAGAUGAAUUUAAACAAAGAGAGGCACAGCUGAUGCAGUCUCAUCAUCAUGAGAUAAAGACUCUUUUACAGGACAUUAGCAUUUUAGAAGUUGUGUUACAAAGUAAAAUGGACAAAGAACACGAACUGAAUGCGUCAUUGAGGAGGGAAAAACAAUGCAACAAUAAACUGACAGCUGAAAUAAAAAACUUGAAAUUCCAGAUAAAGAUUAACGGCAUAAUACCCUUUCAGUCACCUGCUGAUUAUCGUUGUAGUCAUCGGUGGUCGUUUCGCGACAGGUUGGAUACACCCAUUGAAGAGGAAGAUGAAAGUGAUUUACCACUAGACUGUGCUCUAUGUGGUAAGAAUGGACAUGAUAUUAUUCAUUGCAGCAUCUUAUCAGAGAACCAACAAACUAACAUGCACAUACAUUAAUCAUUUUGUAUAUAUUCUAUUUGUAAUUUUAAUAUAAUUAAAUGUGUAAUACAUAAUAAAAUGAAAAGCUUGCUUCUCGUGUUACCCACACUACCCAGUGUAACCAUGGAAACUCUAAUUUGAAGGGGAUGGUCUAGUUUGCACUCUUAAAAAUAGCUGCUAAGAAUAGUUUAAUGCUGUAGAAAUACAAGUCAUUCCUCUUUUUCUUCAUUUUAUUAAAUACAAAUAUAGUAAUUACUGGGAAUUAACUUGAUUCAAAAGCGAUUGACGUGUCUG